UCCAUCAAUUCAAAACCCUAACUCCCGUUUUUACAUCCACCAUCAACAAAAAAAACCUAAUAACCAUCCCCAUUUUUAUCGCCUCCCCCUUAAAUUGCUUCAUUCGCCGCAAGAGGGAGAGAGAGAGAGAUCGAAAAGCUCGAAAUCGUUUACAAUGGCGACAGACGCACCAACACCAUUGAAAUCAGUGCAAUGUUUCGGUCGUAAGAAGACAGCAGUAGCAGUAACUUACUGCAAAGCUGGUCGGGGUUUAAUCAAGAUCAAUGGAACCCCAAUUGAAUUGAUUCAACCUGAAAUUCUCCGUUACAAAGUGUUUGAGCCUAUCCUUCUUCUUGGUCGUCAACGCUUCAAUGGCGUCGAUAUGAGGAUCCGUGUCAAAGGAGGAGGUCAUACAUCGCAAAUCUACGCUAUUCGUCAAAGUAUUGCUAAAGCUCUUGUUGCUUAUUACCAGAAAUUUGUUGAUGAACAACAGAAGAAGGAGAUAAAGGACAUUCUUGUUAGGUAUGAUCGUACUUUGCUUGUUGCUGAUCCUCGUCGUUGUGAGCCGAAGAAGUUUGGUGGUCGCGGUGCUCGUGCUAGAUUCCAGAAGUCUUACCGUUGAAGAAGAAGAGAGAGGAUUCGCGAAGAAGAAAAAAAAGCCAUUUUGUGUUAUUUUUGGACCUUUAUAUUAUUUUUGCCUUUUCCGUUUAGGUUUAAUUUUAUUGGAAUUAUGAGCCUCUUCUCCGUUUACCGUAAUUUAUGAAGUUUUAACUUUCGGAUUACAAAAUUAUGAUAUGAUAUCUUAGUUGCUUUCUGAUGGAUCAA